AACGUUCAGUUUGCGCAAACUCGGAAAACACGCCGAGGCUCGCUGGCGCAGCGCAGUAUCCGCUCAUUUCGUGAUGCUCGGUGCGUGGCGCGUGCGUGGCGUCGCGUAGCCCAGCGCAGUGUGUGCGUUUGUGUGUGUGUGUGUUUGGAGAAGACGGAUCUGUCGCUUCGAAAUUACAUCCACACUCACUUGGGGAAAGGUGUACUAAACGAAGUCGAAUCUGAGGAGUCUGACUAGGUGCUCAGGCAAAAUCUUAAAGGUCCCGGGCGAAUCGUUUAGCACCAGUAGCCUACUCACUUCCACUAAACCCAAUCCCAGUUUACUGGAAGAUCAUGGGGAAACAGAACAGUAAGCUAACCCCUGAGGUGAUGGAAGACCUGGUGAAGAACACAGAAUUUAAUGAACAUGAGCUCAAGCAGUGGUACAAGGGCUUCCUGAAAGAUUGUCCUAGCGGUAAACUAAACCUGGAUGAAUUUCAGCAAUUGUAUGUUAAGUUCUUCCCUUAUGGUGAUGCAUCAAAGUUUGCACAGCAUGCCUUCAGAACCUUUGAUAAGAAUGGGGACGGUACUAUUGACUUCAGAGAGUUCAUUUGUGCCCUGUCCAUCACAUCACGAGGAAGCUUUGAGCAGAAGCUUAACUGGGCCUUCAACAUGUAUGACCUAGAUGGAGAUGGCAAAAUCACUCGAGUGGAGAUGCUGGAAAUUAUCGAGGCUAUUUACAAAAUGGUUGGCACUGUGAUCAUGAUGAAGAUGAAUGAGGACGGCCUGACACCAGAACAGAGGGUGGAUAGAAUCUUUAGCAAGAUGGAUAAGAACAACGAUGACCAAAUCACUCUGGAUGAGUUCAAGGAAGCAGCGAAGAGUGACCCGUCUAUUGUACUGCUUUUGCAGUGUGACAUGCAAAAGUGAGGGUUUGCAUUUCAGCGCGCUCUGGACUGAAUAUGUUGUAAUGUUUUAUUCGUGUUCAGCCAAUUUCCACAAGAUUACGACGAAGUAUAUUUGGACUAUUCAGAUGAACCUGCUUCUUGUGGUUGAAAAUCUAGUAUGCAUGAGAAUGUCAAAUGCUAAGAGUUCUUAAUAUAAAUCUUAAUUUAAUUUCAAAUUUGCAACAAUGUACGGUGUGCAAACUAAAUGAGCCAUUUUCAUUCUUCCAUUGUUAGUCAGUGAAGUGCUCCACAGUAGGCAUCCCAUUUCUUGCUACACUGCUUACAGAUCAUAUUUACCACAAUAGCUACUGUAUUUCCUACGGUGGUUCAGGCAGUAAAAACAAAAUGUCACACUAAAUGUUUCAAGUUCUAUCAAAACAGUAUGAUCUUAAAAAUCAAGGAGGGUAGAGGGGUUAAAUUAGCCUCCCAAAUGUGCUUGUACCUGAUUAUAAAUGUAAGUUAUUUGCAUGCAUGUACUAAGUGUAAAGUUUAAUCUUUAUCUCUUCUUUUGGCAACCUUGACAAAAAAUAUAAGGAGGCCUUAUAAAUGAUAACAUUAAAAAUACUAAUGAUGUGCGAGAUUUCCAUGUGUGAUUCAUCAGCCCAUUAGAUAUCUUCCCUUGGAUGCAUGUUUCUCCCAAAAAACCUACAGUGUGUAUUUGUAUAAGCUAUCCGUAAGGGCAACGAUAUAUUGUGCAUCUUGUCUUGGACCAAUUUAGCUUUUAUGUGUAAAGACUCUGAAAGCUGAAAACUGAUAUACACACAGUUGACUUUUUUUUAUAAGCUACACCAGUGUGGCUUAGACACCAGAGACACCGUUCCUAAUAAACUGGCAACUGUGUAUAUAUCAUUUUUAGCACACACCAAGAUGGCGGUGUACUAGGUACUAUUUCGAUGUAUCCAUUAAAGUGACAACUCCGUGUCUUAAACAGAUAUGUAAAACUGGAUUAUAAAUGACAACUGCCCAACCACAUUACAUACAUUGCCUUUAAUUUACACAUUAAUCAUGUCAACGUGUGUGUGAAUGAACGUGAGUGAGUGAUUCAUUUUGACAAGUCAGUUGUCCCAUGUUUGUUCUAUGGAGGACUGUAAUAAAGCUUGUCCUCCCCAUAAUCAAGAAGCAAUCAACAACAAAUAUGCUUAGUACAGAAAUUCACUCUAAAUGGUGUUUUUAUUGAACUGUUUUUUUUGUAAAAUAUUUCUACACUUGACAUUUCAGUUAAUACUGUUUAUACAGUAACAGAAGGCAUCUUGAGGAGAAUUAUGAAUUUUGCCACAAAGUAAUUUAAGCCACAACUUAUUUUAACCACCUUAAAACAAACAUAUAGUUACUCACAUACACGAAAUCAGUGACAACUGCAAGGUAUCUUGCUUAGAAGAAUGUGAUGUUUCUGUAAACAAGGUUAUGGGCCGAGACGUUUGUUAAGGUGCAUGCCAUAAAUAUUGAAUGGUCUUAUCUCACACUAAAAGAGGGUUCCCCUUCAACAUCAACUGUAAGAACCUGAAAAAUUAGGAAUGUAUUAUGCCACUGAUAUCGAUAAUUUUUGUUUGCACAACUGGGAAACGUGGUGUUGCUGUUUUCUUGCUUUCCACAAAAAAGAAAGAAUCAAGCCAAUGCAUGUCCUAUGAGGCUCAGGAUGCUGCGCAGUUUUAUCUCCUGAGCUCCUUGUAGAAAAUAACAAUAAUGUGUUUGUAAAUCCCAAAAUUCCAGGUGUAUAUCUUUUCCAUGUAAAUAUCUGUACCUAACAUGAAAAAUGAAUGAUCAAAUUUAAAUUUGAUUGUGCAGUAUGUUGUUUGUGUUUUAUUUGUGGCAUGUCUUAAACACACUAUGUAAUGGUUGCGCUGACAACAUUGUGUGAUUCCAAUCAAUAAACUGUCUAUGGGCUGUUUUCACUAUA